UCGUAGUUAAACUCAGAAUUUCGAGUCUAGUCUCUUACUGUUAGUUCUCCUUAAUCGUUCGUGAAAAUGUCUGGACGCGGUAAGGGAGGCAAGGGCUUGGGGAAGGGAGGAGCAAAGCGUCACAGGAAGGUUUUGAGAGACAACAUUCAGGGAAUCACCAAGCCUGCUAUUCGCCGUUUGGCUCGUAGAGGUGGCGUUAAGCGUAUCAGUGGAUUGAUCUAUGAAGAAACCAGAGGUGUUUUGAAGAUCUUCCUUGAGAAUGUGAUUCGUGAUGCUGUUACCUACACUGAGCAUGCGAGGAGGAAGACUGUGACUGCUAUGGAUGUGGUUUAUGCCUUGAAAAGGCAGGGGAGGACUUUGUAUGGUUUCGGAGGUUGACAAGCCUAUGGAGUUCCGGUUACUAUUCUUAUGAAGCGUUUUGGAACACUCCUUUUUUAUAGAUCUGUUCGAUCCAGAAUCUAGCAGCAACUUUGUUCAAAGUGAUGUUAAGCCAUUGUCUCUUUCAAAUGGUGCUGUAUGUGUAAGAGCAGCGUACAGAUGUUCAAAUUUUCUCAACUGGAGUCGCUUCUUCUAGUUCAAGGUCGGGUAUGACUCCUGAAGUUGAUGUUUGUUGUGUAUAUAUAUUAAGUUGCUUCGUGGGUGCUUCUUGCUGCAAAUCAAUUUGAAAGAAUGUUAUUCAGGAUCCAAUUCUCUUAACCACCGUAGAAAUGCUUUGUUGCAGUUUGAUAAUUCAUAUUUUUCUUGCUUCAACUCGA